AGUUGAAAUUUCUGACCUCACCAACCUAUAAUCUAAAUCCAUUUUUUUUUAUAUUCUCCUUUCUCUCUCUCUCUUUUUCUAUAUCCCUUAAACACACUGUUAGAACAAAAACAACACCGCCAAAAAAAAAUGAGUACCUCUUUCUUUGAAUUCAAGAAACAAGCUUCUUUCUUCCUCAAAGAGAAAAUCAAAACCGCUAGAUUAGCUUUAACAGAUGUCACUCCUGCACAACUCAUGGUAGAAGAGGCAACCAAUGGAAAUCCAUGGGCUCCAACUACUGUAACGCUCAGAUCAAUUUCAAAAGCUGCUUUUGAUCUUGAUGAUUAUUCCAGGAUUAUAGAGAUUCUACACACAAGAUUGGUUAAAUUUGAGAAGAAGAAUUGGAGGGUUUCUUACAAUUCUUUGAUUGUGCUUGAGCACUUGUUGACACAUGGACCAGAAAGUGUAGCAGAGGAGUUUCAGAGUGAUAAAGAUGUUAUUAACCAGCUCAAUGGUUUUCAAUUUAUUGAUGAAAAUGGGUUCAAUUGGGGCCUAACGGUGAGAAAGAAAUCAGAGAGAGUAAUGAAACUGUUGGAAGAAGGAACUCUUCUCAAGGAAGAACGAAACCAUGCUAGAAAACUAUCAAGAGGUAUACAAGGAUUCGGGAGUUUCAAUCAAAAAUCAACUCCAGCACAAUCCAUUCUACGUGAGAAAUCAUUGCCAACAACACUUGGUAGAACUAUUUCAGACUCAAACAACCAAGAACAUCAGGAAAAUAAGUCCUCUUUCUCAUCUUUGAACAGUGUGAAGAAAACCAUGGUAUACCAAGAUGAUUAUGAUGAUGUUGGAAACAAUCAACUGAUUCAGAAAUCUGAAUCAAGUUCCAAGGAAAACAUGGAGCCUAGCAGAGAGGAAUGGAACAUGAAUGGAGAGUCAGAAUCACUUUUGGAUUUUGGAGAGGAUGAUUGUUCUAGGAUUGGGAGGUUCAAAAUAGAAGAGGAUCAUCCAUUUUAUUCAACAACGACGGAAAUGCAUAGUUCUGCAUCAUUGCUUUCUGCUAGAGAUGGAAUACUACAAGGGUGCUGAUUUGAGUUGAGUCAACAAGUUAGUUUCAAGUAUUGUACAUGUAAUCAUGUAUGUGGUUUAUUAUUGUGUUUUUGCUGAACUAUAAAGAUGGAUAUUGGCUUGUAAACCGCUAUAUUUACCGUUAAUUCUGCGUAAGGACUGGCUUACACCUGUUUAAGUGGAAAAAGUUUCAUCAAGUUCUAUACAAUAGAUUAAAAUAUUUUGUAAACA